AAGUUCUGAAUUAAAUAAAGAAUAUAAAUGUUAAUAAUAUAGAGAAAAUAAAGAAACCGUUACAAUCAAGUUGCGAUAAUGCCGGCAAUUCUUAAAAUUUGCUUCACAGCAAGGAAAUUCCUAUAAUCAUUUCCUUAAACCUCACACACAAUUACCCAUUAAAACCCACCAUAUUCCAUUCAUUCAGAAUCAUUAAACCAUUCAUUACCCACUAAUACUCAGCCAUUUUCCCAGUCCUUCCUCUAUUAAUUGGUCUAAGCGUUUCAUUUCAUUACCAAAAAAAACCAAAAGACCAUAACCAUGGUGGGUCAUGAAGAACACUACAGUUCAGAGGAGUCCUUUCACUCGGACCCUGUUGUCUUAGAACUCAAUCGUUUGAAAAAUCUUCUCAAAGAAAAGGAAAGAGAGUUGGGGGUUGCUCAAGGUGAAAUCAAGUCGCUGAGAGCAACUGAAGCUCUUAAGGAUAAGGCAGUAGAAGAGCUCAAAAACGAGGUUCAGAAAAUGGAUGAGAAAGUUUCAGUCACUGAAAAUCUUCUCGAUCACAAGAAUCUUGAAAUCAAGAGACUAACAAAUGACAAAAAAGAUGCGCUGGCCGCACAGUUUGCUGCUGAAGCAGCUCUUAGAAGGGUCCAUACAAAUCAAAAGGACGAUGACUCUCUUCCUCUGGCUUCUGUUAUUGCUCCACUUGAGGCUGAAAUCAAAAUGUACAAGAGUGAGAUUGCAGCCCUCCAGGAAGAUAAGAAGGCUUUGGAACGCCUUACAAAAUCGAAAGAAUCAGCUCUGCUUGAAGCAGAAAGGAUUUUGCGAAGUGCUUUAGAAAGAGCUUUGAUUGUUGAAGAGGUUCAAAAUCAGAACUUUGAGUUGAGGAGACAGAUUGAGAUUUGCCAGGAAGAAAACAGAAUCCUUGAGAAAACAAACCGCCAGAAGGUUCUAGAGGUGGAAAAGCUUAGCCAAACCAUUAAAGAACUUGAGGAGGUUGUUUUAGCUGGAGGAGCUGCAGCCAAUGCUAUUCGUGACUACAAACGACAGAAUGAAGAAUUGAAUGAGGAAAAGAGAACUCUAGAGCGAGAACUUGCCAGAGCAAAAGUUUCAGCAAACCGUAUAGCAACUGUGGUGGCCAAUGAGUGGAAGGAUGAAAAUGAUAAAGUUAUGCCAGUUAAGCAGUGGCUUGAAGAAAGAAGGCUUAUGCAGGCAGAUAUGCAACGUUUGAAAGAUAAACUAACUGUAUCAGAGAGAACAGCUAAAGCAGAGGCACAACUGAAGGAAAAACUUAAGCUGAGGCUGAAGACACUUGAAGAUGGGCUAAAGCAAGUUUCAUCAUUACCCACCAACAGUCCUAAUGUUUUUUGUGGAUCUCCCAAAACUGAAAAGUCUAGCAACAUCUUAGCCUUUCUAACAAGCACUGGAGGCCUUAGAAAGAGGUCAACAUCUCAGCCAAGAGCAUCCACUUUCAUUAGAGGCUCUCCUUUUAGACAUACAGAUGCAGAAAAGGAAACGGCUGUUGCAGAACUUAAAGGAGAAAUGAACUUGAGGAAAAAAACUGGUUUAGGCGAAAAUACCACAAAGAAAAGUUUAUGGGCAUCCAGAAGUAAAGUUGUUGACAGUGGUGAAAAGGAAAACACAGAAAUGCAGGCAAAUAACAAUGUUAACAAUUGUGAUAGAGCAGUUUCUGGAGAGCAUAAUGGAGAAUCACCUAACCAACAACAAGCUCAUACAAACUCUGAUGAUUUGGUCUCAGGGUUUCUGUAUGAUAGGCUUCAGAAGGAGGUGAUCAGUUUAAGGAAAUUUUGUGAAGCCAAAGAGAGUGAUUUGAGCUCUAAAGAUCAAGAAAUAAAGACUCUUAUGAAGAAGGUUGAUGCAUUAACAAAAGCCAUGGAAGUAGAGUCAAAGAGAAUGAAAAGAGAAGCUGCAGCCAGAGAGAAAGAAUCUGCAUCAGUUAAGUCUGAUGACAACAGAAAGAGUAGAGUUAAUAUCUCUUCGAAAAGGGCGACGAAAGCAACUUGACUAGAAAUACUCGAGAAAUUUGAAGAGUACCAAAUUCGUUGAUUUUAUCAAUUGCUGUAUGUGAAACUGAUACCUAUUCUUGCUUUAUUUCUAAUGUAAAUACAAAGAACAGAGUGUUGCCAUUUGCUAGCUAGGGAAAUAAAGUCCCAACAGAUAACCGAUCUUUGUACAUGAUAGAGUGGAUUUGAUUUGUGUUUUCUCCUGAUUGAGAUUCACAUAAAGGAUAAUUAUUGUUUCAAUAA